AUGGGGUCGACAAGUCCUGAUUCCGACAAUGAUCCGAGGUACGCGACGGUCACUGACGAGAGGAAAAGGAAGAGAAUGAUUUCAAACAGAGAAUCAGCUCGAAGAUCAAGGAUGAGGAAACAGAAGCAGCUUGGUGAUUUGAUCAACGAAGUGACUCUUCUCAAGAACGAUAACGCUAAAAUCACUGAGCAAGUCGAUGUAGCUACAAGGAAAUACAUUGAAAUGGAGUCUAAGAACAAUGUUUUGAGAGCACAAGCUUUGGAGUUAACUGACAGGUUAAGAUCGUUGAACUCUGUUCUUGAAAUGGUUGAAGAAAUUAGUGGUCAGGAUUUGGAUAAGCCAGAGAUUCCCGAGUCUAUGCACAACCCAUGGCAGAUUCCUUGUCCAAUGCAACAACCAAUCAUGACUUCAAUGUUUGAAUGCUGA